AUGACCGUGACAAACAUUUUAAUCAUACUUAAUCUUGGAUGUGAAAUGCUGUAUGUGAUCGAUCAGCGUCUGAAAGCACAAUCCAUACCGUUGGAUAAAUCUGCACAAGUGCUACGGGAAAUUACCGAGGUUCUUUUAGACCCUAAAUUUCUGCAUUAUAUAGCCACAGCAUACCAACAAAGCAUGCUGACGGUUCAACAGUGUCGCGUGCUGCUCACCGAUAUUGCAUGCUGCUCACUGAUGCGAUUAGAUAUCAGCUCCAUGGACAAGCUAUGGGACUUGAUGGUUAUGAUAUUCAAAUGGCAAAUGUUUAUCACCAACAAGAACGCUCAAAUGUUGUUGGAUCUCACGUUUCGUCAUUUAGAUGGAAUAGGACGUUUGAUUCCCGAAAUGCGUAAGCAAAUACUGAUUGACAACGUGAAGAAAUCGCUCCUAGAGCUGUGGGAACCGUUGUGCGACGACGAGCAUACUAUCGUUCAUCGGAAAGUUUACAAAUGGCUGAAGCCAUACAAUACCAAAAUAUCCAUUCUCAUACGGAUGGGAUUGCAGAAAUCUAACGGAGAGUUUGAGCCUGAUCCAAAAAACAAUAUAUUUUAUAAUUAUUACAUCAACAACAUUGGGGAAAACAUAUACUCCAGAACGGCGAAUCUGGCUGCAUUGAAGGCACACAGUGAAACUGCUGGGAACGCAAGCAGUUCUAACUCGGAUAUGAUAACAGCAGGACACGAAAUCGAUACGCUUGUGCAGCAAUUGAACAUUCAACAUGAGCCAAUGGACGAGGUAACGGGUAAGGAAACUAAAAACCCGCAACCAGUACCUCACACGAGCUCGGUACACGGUGGGUUGAACGAGAUAGUGAUUGCAGAAGAUGUCAAUCAAGCUAAAACUAGCAAUCAUACAUCGGUCAAUACUAAUGGAAAAGAAACAGAUCUUUCGCGCGAAACUACAUCGGGCGAACUUUGCUCAACCGUCAAUCCAAAGGAAAGCAAUCUAGAGAAGUUAAUGAAAAAAAUAAAGCUUGAAAAAGAAGACUUUGUUGUACCCGAAAGCGUAUCAAUAGAUGCAAAUGAAGAGUUGGUGAAAAUGUUUGAUGAAAAUUUGCAACUGUGA